AGCUCUCGGUCCUCGGUGAUGGGACUCAUUUUGGCCGGCCCGCCUUGACCUUUGAAUGGAGCGGGCUCCACUGUCGCCUUCUACCCGACAUAGUCGGCAUCAGAAUUCAGCACUUGCAGCUCUUCAUACGUUUGUCACAGAGAAACGGCGAAUGUUGAUGAUCGACCCUGAUAAUCUCCAAACAGACUUAGGCAGAUCUGCUUCUCGGAAUAUGGACAACUCGUCUCAAUACUCUCGGUCAGAACCCAACCGGUUGCACCGACAAAGGAGCCACGCUAGUUUGAAUAAACGUACUGGAUAUCAAGAGAAUAAGCGAGGGACGGGGUACCGCGGUAUUACCGAGGUAGGGUCAGAGUUCACGCUCUAUUACCGGGUGGAGUGUUCUAAAUAUGGUUGCUACAGCACCGUCGAAUUCAAAUGCGUGAAGCGCAGCGAAAGUACCGAUUUAAGAAGGAUGCCACAAUCUCUGUAUUACAGCACAGAAAUGCAGAAUUGGAAAACACACUGGUAGCAAUGGGGUCUACUAUUGAGAAGAUUCAGGACCAAAUUGCCCGCUUGCAGCAAGUUGAGCACAAAGCGGAAGCCAUGGCAUCUCUGAGGACAACCGCUGAGCGGCUCCAGGCAGACGUGGCGAAGGCUCAACGACAGCCCGUCGGCACACUGUGUGUGGAUGGGCGCUCUGACAUUCAUCAUGGUUAUGGGGUCCAUUCAACGUUAUGGCAGACCACACCUGGCGAGAAAGUUUCAUCUCGCCCAGUAUCUGCUUUAGGGUAUGAGAUUUUGAAUGCAUAAUUGCCUUUUAAACACUACACUUAGGUCUCACCAUAACUUUGCUACACCUUGGACACCACGUUUUGCUUCAAUCGAAUUAUUAAGACUGUCUUUCAGCAACUCGCUACAUCGUACCCAUCUCCGCAUAAAGACUCCAAUAGGUUCAAAG